AUGGCCGACGAUGAAAUCCCCUUUGCCUAUACGCACCUGACCCUUGUAACGGACAGCUCAGAUACAAUUCGCUUUGAUGAGAUUCAGGUGAUUGCAUAUUGCAAUGCUGCUCUUCAACAGUUUUUGGGCCUUACCGGGUUAGCAAUCCGUGUGGAUAUCAUCAGAGCAGACGGAACGAGCUUCUGGAUCCGUGUACCGCGCGGAGAUGGCAAAAAGCUCAAUGCUGCGAUUACCGCAUACCGUGGAACAAAGAUUGAUGAGACCAUGUGUCUACUGCGUGUUACAGAGACCCAGGAUACACAACCAUCACCAGAGAAAAACAAAGAUUGA